CCAAACCACGCCCACUGUGCUUCAGGCCACGCCCACACCUCCCUCCUCGGGUCCGGCCCGUCACUAAGCCCCGCCCCUCGGCGCAGGUCUCGCGACAUUUGCGGGGGAGGGCGGCGCGAGAUGUGCGGCGGCUGUGUGGGCACCGAGUACCCGGAGCGGGGCACCACCUGCCUGGAGGGCGGAUCUUUCCUCCUGAACUUCGUGGGGUGCGCGCAGUGCGGCCGCCGCGACUUCGUGCUGGUCAGCAACCGAGCCGAGGGCCUGCAGGGCGAGGAGGAGAUCGUCACCUAUGACCACCUGUGCAAGAACUGCCACCACCUGAUCGCACGCCAUGAGUACACCUUCAGUGUGGUGGAUGACUACCAGGAAUAUACCAUGCUGUGCCUGCUCUGCGGCCGUGCUGAGGAUUCUGUCAGCAUCCUGCCUGACGACCCUCGCCAGAUGACCCCGCUGUUCUGAUCCCCGUGUGUAUCCUGGGAUGAGCUUCCAGGAGCGCUGGGAGAUCCCUGGAUCCCUGGCACUGUAAUUUCUGGGGACCACACAGUCCCUGACGUGAUUUGCCCCUCCAAACGUUCAGCCCGGAUGCAGCGAACGCCCAACACCGGAUGCUCCCAUGUUGCUGGAGCCUUUUUGGCUCUAACCCUGACUGCAAGGAUGGGAUGCAGUGCCACAGCCCAAGCCCCCUGUAUGCUGGAGACAUAAAGGGGUCCCCAAAACAGGAUCCAAAGGGAUUCCCACCCCAUCCUGCCUCAGGAGCCCUUGUAUGUGGGUUAAUAAAUGUGACGUGUGACAGC